CGAACGGCAGCGGUAUCAGAAAAGCGACCGACUGCGGCCGCAGUGAGACGAAUUGAAUGAUCCCGCUUUAGUCAUAAUCCCACAUAAUUCUCUAUGGGGAAAUUACAGGUGUUCGAAGUUCUUCUUGCAGGUAAUCAGGAAGUCUUUAAACCUGGUGAUGUCGUUCAAGGAGAAGCAAGGAUAGUUGUCUCAGAAGAAAAGGGAGAUAUUCGCGGCAUUCAAAUCAAAUGCGUCGGUAAGGCCUACACACAUUGGACAGAGUCUGAGGGUAGCGGAGACCACCGGAGAACAGUCAGCUACACCACCAAUCAUGAAUACUUCAGACAGGAGAUCACUUUGCGUGGUGCGGGUAAGGAUAACAAGACUGCGGAUCGAAUCACCUUGACGACGGGAGAACAUCGUUUUCCCUUUCAUUUCCAGAUCCCAAACAUAUCUCUGCCACCGCCGUUUGAAGGUACAUGGGGGUAUGUCAGGUACUAUGUCAAGAUUACCAUUGAUCGACCAUGGAAAUUUGACCAUCACACUCAGAGGCUGUUCAGUAUCUUCACAGUAAAGGACCUGAAUUAUGAGUACAAUGUAUUGGUACCACCAAGUCACCAAGUUGAGAAGACGGUUUGUUGCCUGUGCUGCGCUUCUGGACCCAUAAUUCUGAAAGGAAUAGUAGACAAGCGAGGGUACGUCCCAGGAGAGUACAUCUUUGUUUCAUUGGAUCUUCAUAACAACAGUUCCAGGAGGAUCAUUGACAUUACUGCAAAACUACAACAGAGGGGGCAUUUCUCUGCCCAGCGUCAUGGCACCGGAAGAACUCACCACCGUAAAGCUGUGAAGACAAUGGCUGAACUGAAGCUUGACGGAUGCGAAGCCAUGGGGUCAGUUAGCUAUGACAGAGUCAAGAUGCUGAUCCCUCCUAUUCCUCCCUGCCGCUAUGAAAACUGCCCCAACAUUCAAGUGGAGUAUUACGUCGAGAUCGAGGGAGAUGUUUCUGGAACACCAAUGGAUGCCCAUGUGAUGCUCCCAGUAGUUAUUGGUACAAUCCCAGCCUUCCCGCACACCCUUAAGGAUCCUGCCCUGAACCCUUUUCCAGUACAACAAUUACCAGGCCAACCUGGAAUGGCUCCUGCGGGUCAGCCGGGAUUCCCACCUCCGGGGCAACAGGGAUAUCCUCCUCCUGGACAACCUGGAGCACUGCCACCGGGACAGGGGUAUCCCCCUCCAGGACAACCUGGAGCACCCCCAACAGGACAAGGGUAUCCUCCACCAGGCCAGCCUGGAUUUCCUCCACCUGGACAACAGGGAUAUCCUCUACCAGGACAACCAGGAAUGCCUCCACCAGGUGAUGGGCCAUCUGGAUAUCCUCCACCUGGCCAGCCUGGAGCACCAGCACUGGGACAAGGGUAUCCACCACCAGGCCAGCCUGGAGCACACCCACCAGAAAAAUCAGGAUAUCCUCAACCAGGAGGGCGUUCUGAUGAUGAGGCUUUACCUCCACCUCCAACGUACAUGGCUGCAGUUGGAGGGCCACAACAGAUUGAAGGGAAGGAAGGUGCUUUUGGCAGUGUGACGUACGCACCGCAGUACCCUUACUACGACCCGGACACCCUCUAUGCCUCUAUGGGUAUUCCACAGGGAGGAACCACUUCGUCUGCAGGUGGAGGUCCGCCGCCCCCUACGGUUGUCCAGCCAAUGAGCAUCCAGCAGCCUCAGAUGUAGAUCUCAUUGGUCAGUUAGCAUCCAGUUAAUAGCAAGUCUGUUUGGGAUGUGAUUAUGCAUAGCCUUUUGGUCAUAAUCAAUGUUUUUUAAAUGUGUUUGCUGUCAUGCUUGCUUGCGUUAGUAGCCCUGUUAUGCAGGGUUAUGCAGCCUUUGAAGGAGCAUAAAUGCAGAAGGUGUGUAUAUGAUGAUCUACAUUACAAAGCUCUUGUCCCCUACAAAUGUUAUAUUUACCUCUUGGUCUAGACCUUCUUCAUCUACUUACCUUUUGGUCUAAAUUCACAAGGUUUAAUCAGUUUGUCCAUUUACCUUGAUGGGUGUGUCUAUGAUUAGAUAAAUGAACAAGAUAUUCAUUUGACAGAGUGAAAAAUAAUUUGUAUACGAAGUAGAAAAUAGACCAAAUGUAGAGCUGACCAAGUGUAGAGCUUACCAAAUUGAUAGGAGACCAACUGGAAUAAGCCCAUUUGGUUAAAGACCAAGUAUCACACAAUGUCUUGAGGUAAACUGCCCCACUAAGGUGAGAUAUUUUGAGUUUCAUUAAUUUUGAAAAAGAAAAUAUGCUGAAUUGUAGUAUAUGCAAACAUGUGAAUAUACAGCUGAUAUUUGCUGAACCAUAUGGGCUGACUUCAUCAUAGAUUAAAAUAUAUAUAUGUUAUUAUUGUGUGGUUGAAAUCAUGGGGAAAAUGUGCCUUGUAGACCAGAAAAACCUCACAAAUAAAUGUAUUCUACAACAAAUUAGUUUAAUUCAUUUCAGAAAGAAAAAAGUUCAAAUGGAAGAAUAUUCAAAGCUGAGAUCAGGAAUAGUAUCUAUAGCUUGUGAAAUAAAUAUGUGCUUAUAAAUGUGUUCAUUUCCUUCAGCAAGUAAUUCAUCUAUGUAAAGCUGUGUUUCAACACAGUAGAGGUAAAUGUAGCAAAUUAUUCAUUUGAAAGGUACAGCAUUUAGCAGAUGCUCUAAUAAAGCCAUAAGGCUAUGUUCGCUGCAUUAUUGUAGAGUGCUUAUACAUGCAUAUAUGAUAAAGAACAUGAAAGUGUUAGGCCUUAUAAGUAAGCGUAAUGAUUUACAGGAUAUAUUAUUAUUUAGCUUUCAAAAUUGCCGUUCUACUCUUGUUUGCUUGCCUCUUUAUUUUUUUGCAGUUGUUAUGCAUUUUUUUUAACAAAGACUAUGACUUUAUUUAAUUGUGGCAGGCUGUAUUUACCACUGGUUGAUUUUAUAAUUUUCUUGCUUUGUAUUCAGUUACAGUCAGAGUCAGACAUCUGUUGAAAGAAUUUUUUUAUCAUUGCUGACAGAGAUUUCUGCAAACAUUGAACAAUUUUGUGUCAAUUGUACGAAACAAUCAUAGCACGUAAAUUCAGAUUAUGAUGUGAUUUAUGCCUGAUACAUUGUUGCCUUGAUGCUACAUAUAAAGAUAUUCUGCUUGCCAUCUAGAGAAUACAAGAAUCACAUGAUUAGAAGUACAAUGCCAUCGAUCUUGAACUGUUUUGGAAAUGGAUUUUUAUAUUCUUUUUUUCUCACCAUGUACACUGGAAAAGAUUGUGACUGUCCUUCAUAUUUUAGAGCUUUGCUAAUAUAUGAUUUUAAUGUAUGGCAUUGGUCCAGUAAGAGAGGGGGGCAGAGUCAUGGGAUCUAGUAGACAUUAGAGAAUUUGAGGAAAGAUUUUCCAAAGGAAUAAUCUUGUAUACAAAAUUAUCCUUUUCACACAACAUUUCUAUUUGUAGAAAUCAUUUUUUUUUUAUUCUGAAAAUAAUUUUAAUAUUAAAAAUUUUGUUGUGUGGUAAUAUUUUAUUUGUUUGGUUGUUUUUCUUUGGGGGUGUUUUUGCUGUUAGUAAAUUUUUGUUAAAAUGUUCCAGUUAUUCUUGUGAGAUGAUAAUGGAGAUAUAUUACUAUGAAAUUUAUUGAUAUAUUGAUGUUUUUUACCUCAUUUUUUCAAACUAGUGACCAAAGUUUUAGAAUUUAUAUAUACAGUAUAUAUAGAUAUAUAUUAUAGAGCUUUGCUAAUAUAUGAUUUUAAUGUAUGGCAUUGGUCCAGUAAGAGAGGGGGGCAGAGUCAUGGGAUCUAGUAGACAUUAGAGAAUUUGAGGAAAGAUUUUCCAAAGGAAUAAUCUUGUAUACAAAAUUAUCCUUUUCACACAACAUUUCUAUUUGUAGAAAUCAUUUUUUUUUUAUUCUGAAAAUAAUUUUAAUAUUAAAAAUUUUGUUGUGUGGUAAUAUUUUAUUUGUUUGGUUGUUUUUCUUUGGGGGUGUUUUUGCUGUUAGUAAAUUUUUGUUAAAAUGUUCCAGUUAUUCUUGUGAGAUGAUAAUGGAGAUAUAUUACUUAUGAAAUUUAUUGAUAUAUUGAUGUUUUUUACCUCAUUUUAGUGACCAAAGUUUUAGAAUUUAUAUAUACAGUAUAUAUAGAUAUAUAUUAUUGGUUACCAUUUCUUUCAUACCUUGCAUAUCUUGCAUAUUUUUGCUAUACUCUGUAUUUAUACCCGCUCUUUGCUUCCACGCGUUUGUACAAUCUGGUGAUGUACAGUGUAUGAUAGAUGUAGUCAGAUCUACUCUUUUAAUAAGAAAUUUUCUAUUCAAGCCUGCAUUCAGUAUAAACUGUCUUUUUUUUAUUAAUUCACCUGAAUCUUAAUUGAUAGACUGCCCAAAUUUGUACUUAGGCUGAUUUCUUGUAAAGAGAACGAGGCAAAUGGAAAUAUUGAUAGCUUUGGUAUGUUAUUAUGAUGUGGUCGAAGGUACAUUCAUGUAAAUAUCUUGCAUUUCAGAUUGAUGGGGAGGGGGAGUAAUGUGGGCCCAUGACAUAAAGCUUGGCUAUUGUUCUUGGGGCCCGGUCUUGGGGCUGCUGUUUGCGAUUGAUCGUAGUACACAAUACUUGUUGCAAUAAUCAUGAGAAAUUAGCCCUACAAUCAAUCACUAGGUUUUAUGUUACGGGUUCCUGGUGGAUGUUUCAUAAAGCUGUUCGUAAGUUACGAAUGACUUUACGCGUGACUGGUGAUCCUUUCUUGUGCUAUGUGAUAUCCCUAUAGAAUGGUUUUAUGACCUAAUGAAAAAUCGUGUUCCAGUCGUGCUUAAAGUUGUGCAUAGCUUUUCGAACAGCUUUAAGAAACACCCACCAGGGGGGGGUUCACAAAGAUUUAAGUAUGCUUUAGAGUUUCACUUAAAUACUGAGUUGUGAACGGUAUGAAAGGCUUGACCACAUUGGUCAGAUCGUGUCAUGAGGACGUGCACUAAUGCGUAUCUAUCAGUAAGA